AUGGAACAGAUUUCAGAAGAGAUGUCACAGACUUCAGAAGAUAUGUCACUUUUUGUACAUGUUUGUGAAGAAAAUUCACAAGUUUCAGAAGAGUUGUCACAGACCCCAGAAGAGACCAUGCAUGAACUCAAGAAGCAGCUCAUGCAGAGUCAGCUGGAUAGCCUCCGUAUUUCCAUGGAGAAUCUUGCUCACAGUUUCGAUCGCGUUCCUGCGGCUAUCAUCGCCAGGUCUUGUUUGGCUAUCCUAAAAAGCAUGAUCAGCCUUUCGUACAGCAAUGAUGAGAAAGACGAUCAACCUGAUUUCAACCAAGACCGCAAGGAUAGUUUGCUGCUUUACGCAGCAAGCGUAAUGCCUGUCUCAUGGUAUCUUCGCACCCAUAAUGACCCUUCGGGGUUAUUUAUCGAUCAGGCUAAAACGAUAAGAAUGUGCUGUCUCGAUGAGCUAAAGCACCAGUACGGGAAUUCUUUGAUGGAGUCUUCCGAUGAUGAUGAUAUCGAGGCACCGUACGACAGGAUGUUGGAAGAGAUGGAAGCUUGGAGAAAGAAACGUCUUCGAGUGCCAGUCACCGACGACGUGGUUUCUGUGGCUCUGCGGACGUACAAAGACUGUCGGGACCUCGAGCUUCCAGUUCCACAAGGCCUGGCCAUAUAUGCCUUGUCCCCCUUGGAUACUGGGGAAGAGUGGUCGGUUCAAGAGGUUUAA